CUGGUUUUCGUCUGGGGUGUCGGUUGCGGGGACUCUAUGAGAAAAAUUAGGAAAAUAGGAAAAGACCGAAAUCUCAUGCUCUAGAUUAUUUGGUGACUUUCUGGGGAGAACCUCGCGUCCUCAUAGUUAGGGCCUGGGGUUCCCCGGACUUUCUCCAUCAAUUAGUAUAGAAUAUCCACCUCCCCUUUCCCCCCUGAACAAGUAUACCGACCGGAUUUGACUCCUUACUCUCCUUCGACACGAAUCACUUUCGUAUAAUAUAAACUACUCCUAUUGUGACGCCCACCAUGUCCUCCUCCCCUCCCUCCCCCAUCGACGAAAAGGAAUUCGAAGCCAACGGCACCACUACCACCCAUAUCAAUGGCGCCUCUUCCUCCUCCAGCGACGCCGGUCGCCUUCACGCCCUCGACCAGCUCGAGAUCCUCCCCCAGAUCCUGAACGAGGGCAUCCUCUUCGCCGGCUCCGGCGCCGCUCUCCUCCUCCAAGCCGCCCUGCCCGCCAUCCGCGACACCGAACACCCCUCCGGCGGCCACAAGGCCCUAGCCACCGAGCUCAUCGACGCGCUCCAAGCGCACAUCAGCUACAUCUCCACCCUCGUCUUUGGUACCCGCGCCGAACGCAAGACCCUCCUCGACCUGCUGCACCGCGGCGAGGCCCCCGGUCUGGGCGGUGGUCGGAAUAACCGGUUCGCGCACCAUCCGGAGCUCCAGCUGUGGAUGGCGGCGACUCUCUACGCGACAGCGACGGACUUUUAUCAGCGCGUCUACGGCCGCGUCGACUAUCAGACUGCGCAACGCGGCUACUCCGAGUUUACCCUGUUGAUCAGCUACCUCGGCGUGCCACCGGGGACAUGGCCCGAAUCGCGUCAGGCGUUCUGGUCCUACUGGGACGCGCAGAUUGCCAAGCUGGCCGUCUCGACUGAUGCGGCGCAGUUUGCCAAGGAUCUGCGCGAGAGUACCGAGAUGCCCGGCUGGGUGCAAAAGUUGAAGCCGUUCUUGCGGGCGGUGACUAUUGAAAUGCUGCCCCCGACGCUGCGCGAUGCGUAUGGGUUGCGCUCGACGGGGAGUACCCGCUUCUUGUACCGGACUUGGAUGGGCUUUUCGACGGCGGUGUACCCGGCCAUGCCGAAUAAGGUACGCUCGUACCCGUUGAAGUAUUAUAAGGAGCGACUGCGGGAGAAGUUGAAUGUGGUGUAGGCGGGAGGCGGGUGGAGAAAGGAAAAGGACCGGGAUUGGGUGAGUUGAUGCAAUGCAAAUGCACGGCACACGAGGGAUUCACAGUACAGUAUAUGAUCAAUGUUUCUUUCCUUCCUUUUUUUUUUCUUGUGACUAUUGAAUUUUGAUUUUGGAUUUGUUGAUUUGACUUGCUUUUUAUGUGUAUAUACCCAUUCUAUGAGAUACGCUCGCUGCCGUGCUACCCGCAUCCUCAAGAUGACUCGUCUUGCUGUACAGGGAAAGGCUACAAUCAUUUGGAGUCCGUUUCGAUUUCGUAUGCUAUCGUCAAAUCAUAUUUCUUUCCGGAUAAAAAAAAUACCAACAUGGAACAAAAAGAACGGUGUUAAGAAGAAUCAUGGCCUCG